AAUAAAGUGCGCGAUAAUACAAUAAUAUAAAUACUGGAACAGAAUACGGAAAGGUAUAGUCGUGUUCUGCACAAUUAAAAAUCUCAAGAUGAAAUACUUCGUAGCCAUCGCCCUCAUCGCCACCGUGGCUUCGGCCGCCUACGUCAAGCCCACCGGUGUGUCCGCUGAGCUGGCCGAGAUCCAGGAGAUCGUCGCCGCCAUCAACAGCCCCAGCACCAACCCCGCCACCGCUGCCGCCCUCGAGGAGAUGCUCUGGGAUGUCCUCGGAGUCAACCCUGAGCCUAUCUCCGUCGGACCCGCUAUUGUUGACUUGCCCGCCCCCAUCGUUCCCACUCCCGUUAUCGUUGCCCCCUCUCCCGUUGCCCCCGUUCCCGUCAUCGUUGCCCCCACACCCGUGGCUCCUUCUCCCGUUGCCAUCGUCGAGGGCCCCGCUGCCGAAGUUGACGCUAGCAGCGCUCCUCUGGUCCAGAUCAUCUUGAACAUCAACCAAGCCGCUGCUGAGUCCAGCCCCGUCGCUCCCGUGGCUACCCCUGAGCCCGUGCAGGUCAUUGAGACCGCUCCCAUCGCCGUGAACCCCGUCGGAGUUGUGGAAGCUUCUCCCGAGCCCGUCCAUGUUGUGGAGGCCGCCCCCGAACCCGUCCAGGUCAUCGAGGCUGCCCCUGAGCCCGUCGUCAUCGGAGUUCCCGUCAUCCCCGCACCCGCUAUCACCCUCCCCGAGGAACUGAACAGACGCCUGGAUCUAGCAAGGAUCCGAUUAUACUCCAUCAGGUUGGUCACUGACAUAGACCCGACGUAUCUGGACUCGGCUUCCCUCCGGGCUUUGACCAUGGCAGAACACUCGCGGUCCCACCAAGGCGGGGAUGAAAGCUUCCCGGAAGCCGAGUUCUUAAGCGGGAUACUAUGUUCAGCGGCCAACGAGACAGCACCAGAAAAUCGCUCUAUGCAGGUAUCGAGAUUGUCUGGAGAAACUUCCGGCAUAGAGAGGACUAGGGAAUCAAGAAUUCGGAAAAGCAUAGUCGUGUUCUGCACAAUUAAAAAUCUCAAGAUGAAAUACUUCGUUGCCAUCGCCCUCAUCGCCACAGUGGCUUCGGCCGCCUACGUCAAGCCCACCGGUGUGUCCGCUGAGCUGGCUGAGAUCCAGGAGAUCGUCGCCGCCAUCAACAGCCCCAGCACCAACCCCGCCACCGCUGCCGCCCUCGAGGAGAUGCUCUUGGAUGUCCUCGGAGUCAACCCUGAGCCCAUCUCCGUCGGACCCGCUAUUGUUGACUUGCCCGCCCCCAUCGUUCCCACUCCCGUUAUCGUCGCCCCCUCUCCCGUCGCCCCCGUCCCCGUCAUCAUUGCCCCCACUCCCGUGGCUCCCUCUCCCGUCGCCAUCGUCGAGGGCCCCGCUGCCGACGUUGACGCUGCCAGCGCUCCUCUGGUCCAGAUCAUCUUGAACAUCAACCAAGCCGCCGCUGAGUCCAGCCCCGUCGCCCCCGUGGCUACCCCCGAGCCCGUGCAGGUCAUUGAGACCGCUCCCAUCGCCGUGAACCCCGUCGGAGUUGUGGAAGCUUCUCCCGAGCCCGUCCAGGUUGUGGAGGUCGCCCCCGCCCCCGUCCAGGUCAUCGAGGCUGCCCCUGAGCCCGUCAUCAUCGGCGUUCCCGUCAUCCCCUCCCCCGCUAUCAGCCUCCCCGAGGAACUCAACUAAAUCAAAAUCUCACUAACUGAUUACUUAACUUUAAACGAAAUUCAAUAAAUACUGUACCUCCGCUA